AUGCUUGAAAUCUAUUAUCAGAACGUCAGAGGCUUAAGAACUAAAACCAAUGAUGUCUUCAAGAAUAUUGCUAAUUCAAAUUACAAAGUUAUUGUAUUCACGGAAACAUGGCUAAACGAUAACAUCGAAAACAAUGAAUGGAUUGAUUCCCGUUACGUCGUCUACAGGAAGGAUCGAAUUCAUUCUUCUUCAUCAAAAAAAGAUGGUGGAGGGGUAGCUAUUGCAGUUGCAAAAGAAAUUCCAUCUUUUAGAGCUUCAUAUUUGGAUAAUGACCAUGAAAUCAUAUGGGUUAUAAUUGAAACGAAAAUAAAUAAAAAUAUAAGGAAACUUGCGGUAUGUGCCGCCUAUUUACCACCACCAGUUAAAUUAGAAAACCUCAAUAAUAUUCUUGAAAAUAUAGACUCGGCGUCAAAUAAAGUGGAUGAUAUAAUAGUGCUUGGUGACUUUAAUAUGAGUUUUAUAAGCUGGAGCUCUGAUGCUCGGGGACAUGCUAGUGCAUCAAGUUUUAGUACACCACUAGGUUUUUCAUUAAUUGAUUUUAUGGCCUUAAAUAAUUUGCAUCAAUACAAUAGUAUCGGUAAUCUUGAUGAUAUCCAAGAAUACGGUCUACGGAUACAAAUAUUCGCGUACGGAUAUACCACUAUUUGUAAUAGA